GUUUGCGGUCCGAAACGUUUCGCUUGGACAACUUCACCCCAUAGUUUCUGUAGAGAAAGGCGAGGCGAAGGGUACCGUUAUAAAAAAAGAAAAGAAAUAAGAACGAAGCCAUGUAAACAAAGUGAUUUAGAAUGGCAAUGGUAUUAUCUUGAUAUUCUCGUUUUAGGUAGCUAGCUAGUUUGUUAAAUUCAUAGUUUGACAUCAGUGAUUUUGGGUAAGGACUAAGGUGGGCACGCUCAGUGUGUGGGUGAGCUUCUUUCUCUGGCCCAGCAGGAGCAGGGAUCAGAGUAGGUAGGGGAGCUGGGCAAGCUGUCAGACCCACCAAGGAUGCACUGAGCUGGGUAACAGCUGCUGAGGCCACCCCUUAGCACAACCUGCGCGGCCAUGGCGUCUCUCAGCUCCGCCUCUCCGGGCUCCCAGGUCCACGCCGCCGCCGUCAACGGAGACAGGAGCACCCUGGCCAAGCUGCUCACUGCAGAACCAGCGCUAUGCAACCAUGAGGACCAGUUUGGUCGCUCCCCGCUGAUGUACUGCGUCCUGGCCGACCGUCUGGACUGUGCUGAGGUCCUGCUGAAGGCUGGAGCCUCUGUCAACAAGACCGACCACAGCCAGCGCAGCGCCCUACACCUCGCUGCACAGAAGGGUAAUGUUCGCUUCCUGAAGCUGCUGCUCUCCAGACGGGCUGACUGGCUCCAGAAGGAUCUAGAAGAGAUGACCCCCCUUCACCUGGCCACCCAACACUCCUCCCUCAAGCCCCUAGCCCUGCUCCUCAAAUACAUAGGUCCUGGGGAGGUGGACACCCAGGACAGGAACAAGCAAACAGCCCUCCACUGGUCAGCCUUCUAUAACCGUCCGGAGCAUGUUCGUCUUUUGAUCAAGCAUGACUCCAACAUCGGUAUCCCAGACAGUGAGGGUCGGAUCCCUCUGCACUGGGCUGCACACAGCCAGGAACCCAGCGCUACUCACACCGUGCACUGCAUCCUGGAAGCAGCCCCGACAGAGUCCCUGCUGAACUGGCAGGACUACGAGGGCCGCACUCCUCUGCAUUUUGCCGUUGCCGAUGGAAACGAGGCGGUGGUGGAGGUGCUGACUUCAUAUGAAGGCUGCAGCGUCACUGCAUAUGACAACCUUUUCAGAACCCCCUUACACUGGGCUGCUCUGCUGGGCCAUGCGAGGAUUGUUCACUUGCUGUUGGAGAGGAACACAUCUGGCACCAUUCCCUCAGACAGUCAGGGGGCCACGCCCCUGCACUAUGGUGCCCAGAGUAACCAUGCUGAGACGGUGUCCGUGCUCCUCUCUCACCCCUCAGUGAAGGAUGAGCCCGACCUGGAGGGACGGACGGCGUUCCUGUGGGCUGCUGGGAAGGGCAGCGAUGACGUCAUUCGCACCAUGCUCUCCCUCACCCCCCACCUCGACAUCAACAUGGCCGACAAGUAUGGAGGCACUGCGCUGCAUGCUGCUUCUCUGUCAGGCCAUGUGAACACGGUGAGUGUGCUGCUCCAGCAGGGGGCACAGGUGGACGUCCUGGACGUGAUGAAGCACACACCACUGUUCCGUGCGUGUGAGAUGGGCCAUCGAGACGUCAUCCUCACGCUCAUCAGAGGCAGUGCCCGUGUUGACCUGGUGGAUGUGGAUGGACACAGUGUUCUUCACUGGGCGGCGCUGGGGGGAAACGCCCAGGUGUGCCAGGUGCUGAUGGAGAACGGGAUCAGUCCUAAUGUACAGGAUGUAGCUGGGAGAACUCCUCUGCAGUGUGCUGCUUAUGGAGGGUACAUCACCUGCAUGGCUGUCCUCAUGGAAAACCACGCCGACCCUAACAUACAGGACAAGGAGGGCAGAACAGCCCUCCACUGGUCCUGUAAUAACGGCUAUCUGGACGCUGUCAAGCUGCUGCUCGGCUGUGGUGCCUUCCCCAACCACAUGGAACACAACCAGGAGAGGUACACUCCUCUGGACUAUGCUCUUCUGGGGGAGCACAGUGAGGUGACCCAGUACAUGCUGGAGCACGGAGCUCUGUCCAUCGCUGCCAUCCAGGACAUUGCUGCUGCCUCCAUCCAGGCGCUGUACAAGGGCUUCACCGUCCGCAAGGCCUUCAGGGAGAGGAAGAACCUGCUCAUGAGACACGAGCAGCUACGCAAGGACGCCGCCAAGAAACGGGAGGAUGAGCUACGGAGGCGGGAAGCCGAACAUCAAAUCUCAUUGGCCAGGUCAGAGAGACAGAAGAUGUCAUUGGCCAAGUCAGAGAGACAGAAGAUGUCAUUGGCCCGUGCUGAGUUGGAGCAGAUGUCAUUGGCCGAGCCCACGCUGGACCCAGCGGUGUGUGAGACCCUGACCCUGCCCAGGGGGAAGAGAAACACACGUACAGACCUGGAGCAGAGACACAGAGCACACAGGAGCAGCCCCUCCAGGCCUCCAGCCCCUCCCCCUCCCGUGACUUCUGACCCUGUGGCCUCUGGCUCCGCCCCCAGCCCCCAACACAGACCCCCCACCACCGCCAAGGCAAAGAGACGCAUCUCUGCAAACACACACACUCUCUCCAACAAACACACACACACUCCCUCUAAUACACACACUCCCUCCAACACACACACAUUCUGCGACACCAAGGAACACAUUCCUAGAAUAAAGAUGGACAAUCGAGGGAAGACACACACACACCCCAUCAAAACACACACAAACAGUCCUGUACAGGAACACCCACUGGUUAACGCAGGGAGCAGACCCUGCACACACACUCCCUCCCCAAGGCUAUGCGCUGCUAUGGAUGAUUCACAAAGAACAUACACUGCUCCUGCCAGCACACACGCCCUCAGCAGCGGUGGAGCCGGGGAAGGAGACAGAGAGGAGGUGAGGAGCCGCCAGCAGGCAGCCUGUACCAUCCAGCGUGCCUGGAGAAGUUUCCAUGUCCAAGGGAGUCAGAGGCGUGGCGUGGGCUCAGAGGGGGUGGGGCCUGCAGAGGCCACCUCCCAUCUUCACUCAGCCAACAGGAACCGAACCUCUGGCCAAGCUCCGCCUACUAAGUCAGCAGCCAGCAAGAACUCAGCGCUGCAAAGCAUCUAUGGAAGCUCGUUAGCCAGGCGGGGGCGCUGGCUCAGAGGGGCUCACUCCCAGAUCCUGCUGGGCACAUCUCUCCACACACCCAACCAGCUGAGCAGUAUGGAGUGUGUGCACCUGUCUGAGUCAGUGGGGAAAGCCAGGCAGUAUUCCUAUCACCUCCGACCCCACAGCGCCGGGCAGGGGCCUGGAGGCCGAGGGAAGCACUGAGGCCAUGGAGGCUGGAGGCCAGGGGGGCUGGAGGCCAGGGGGGCUGGAGGCUAUGGAGGCUGGGGGCCAGAGCCCCACACAUCGCUGAGGCACGUUGGAGUCCCUCAUCCUCUCACCACGGCGGCUUCACUCCAGGUGUUGGCCAGACCGCACCACUCCCUGUGGCUGUUCUAAAUACAGCCAUGACAUCACAGCCGUGACCUCACAGGACAGAGUGAUGUCUGUGGAAGUAGUGUGUGCGCAAGAUAACCUUUUGGUUCAUUGUAGAGAAAGGAGCACACACACACAUGCACCCUCAUACAAGAUAACCUUUCCUCCUGUGUGGAGACAGUCUAUCAACAACAGGUCAUACCGUAAGCCCACCUGCAGCCAGAUGUACAUGUACGUACACACACACACACACACACCAGAAGAUACUCAGAUGGACUUUAGACAUACCGCUAUCAGAUAUAACCUGUUUCCAUGGGAACAUGGAAUAUUUCAUUUCUGCAGUGCCGUUCUCCAGUAUGUGUCAGUUACAGACAAGCGCAAACGUCUUCCCAGUCUGGACCUACAAUACCUCAGUGUUGAACAGUCAAUCAUUUAACAAUUAUUGGAAUAAAAAAAGAAUUACAAACUUAACUCACAUUUUAUUA